ACUAACAUCCUUGUGCUCACUUCUUCAGGUAAUUUACCUUCACUCUCCUAAAACACACACACAUACACAUACUAUACUACUAAUAUAUUUUUUUUACUUUAGUUGAUUUUUUUCAAGGGUUCAUAGUUUUAUUCUUAACAACAUCGAUAAUAUGACACAGUAAAUUGAUAUUUAAAACGAUAAAUAAUGUACAAUAUAGUAAACUGUAAAAUUUAUAUAUUGCUUUACCACACAUGUUUCAUGUAGCUAUAUAUAUAUAUAUAUAUAUAUAUGAUUAUAUUUCAGUAAAAAAUGCUAUUUUUCACGAGAAGUGGUCUCAUAUCUCAAUAUAGCUAUCUAGAGAUUGCUCUUUUGGGUGGUGACACAAUGAUUAGUAAAGAUAAUUAAUGACAUAUUAAGCUAUGAUCAUAAUUUAUCCAAUAUUUGAAAUUUUAUGUAUAUUUCACUUCAUAUCUUCCACUUUAUCAAGACACGCGUGAUAUGCAUAUAUAAUAUAUGUAUUAGCCAGUUUGUGAUAUAAUUCAAUAUCCGAUAUGACAUUAAUAUAUGCGAAUCACAUACAUUGUAAUAGCUCAUUAAAUAUAAAAUAUAGUACUAUAAUAUAACUUAAUAUAUCAUGUAAUUAACCAAAUUAUUUCACUAAUUCUCUUCCUAUCAUUUUCAUCGUAAUAAUUUGAACUAGCUGAGUUAAAGUCUAUCAUUCCUAGCUCAACCAAUGUCUAGAUUGUAUUUGUAGGUCAAACUAAUAUUAAUUAGACUAUAGGUACAAGAAAUAGGAAAACAACCUUUUCUAUUAGGGAACUGGGAAGUCACAUUAUAUUAGGCCUAGGGAGUCAUGAGCUUUUAAUCAACCAAGACCCAAAUUAUUCAUGUUUGGUGGCAGAUAUAUAAAAUUUUAUUAGAGGAAUAUUGUUCAAAUUUUAUGUAUAAAUAUAUUGGGCUUAUUGUCCAGAUACAUUACAGCUACAGAUUAACAAAAUACUACUUUAAUGUUGGGCUUGAAAGCCCAAUAAAAAUGGGCCAAAGUAGAUCUGAAAGGGCCCACUUUGGUGGGCCAUAGAGAGGCCAUGUGUGGCGAAAGGUAGUGGUUAGAUGGCCCCCCACCACUUUUCAUAACAGUAAUUAUUUCGACGAAGAACAAGAAAUAUAUACAUUAAAUAAUUAAAACAACAAAGAGAAUAUAAAAACAACGAGGAAAAAAUAAAAUAAAAACAAAAAAGAAGGCCAUAGGCAAAGAGGAAAAAGCUUCAGCUGUAGUUUCACACUUUAUCCCCAUAAUCAUUCAGCUCAACUUUCCCAAAUUUCUCUUCGGUAUUCUGCCUUUUCGCCUCCUUUUCUCUUGUCAGUGAGGAGCGGCUUCAGCUAAUUUCCUACAUGGAUUCGUGGUGGGUGGUUUUGAAGCCUUGAAUUUGCUUCAUUUAUGACGAGUGAUCUCGGGAAUUUCUGCCGAUUCGGAAUCUCCAGAUAUCAGUGUACUGAUUCUUAUUUAUAACUGUCAACUAUCCUGGAGGUUAAAUCACAAUUCUCCAUGUUGCCUGACGGUUAGGGGGUGUUAUGGAUGGUUUUAAAACUGCUACGCGGCUCAAGGGCUCUUGGUGUUAUUGGUUACUACAGUUUGCUAUCUGGCUGUGUAGCAUCAGUGAUGUGCUGGCUCUGAAGACGCCAACCCCCAGUGAGGUCUCUUCAGCAUCUUUGCUAGCUAGCCCUCCUAAAAGUGGUAUUUUUAAACCCAUUGACGUAUCACCUGCUGUUAUUCCGCAUUAUUCGUUUCCGGGUGGUUCUUUGCCGCCAAUGUAUCCCACCUAUCCAACCACCUAUGAGCCAGUCUUGACUGGCCGGUGCCCCGUAAAUUUUUCUGCCAUUUCGGGUAUCAUGGAGAUAACAGCAUCCGACUGUAUCCAGCCAUUAGCAGGAGUAGUAGCAAAUGUUAUAUGCUGCCCGCAGUUCAAUAGCUUGCUCCACAUAUUCCAGGGAUUCUAUAGUACCAGUUCUGAUAAUCUAGUUUUACAAAACGCAGUUGCAGAUGAUUGUUUUAAAGAUAUUGUCAGUAUAUUAGCCAGCAGAGGAGCAAACAAUUCAAUACCGAUUAUAUGCUCUGCAAAAUCUACAAAUCUGACUGGUGGCUCAUGUCCUGUGAAGGACAUAACCACUUUCGAGAAAACAGUGAAUACAAGCAAAUUAUUAGAUGCUUGCAGCACAAUUGAUCCUCUUAAAGAAUGCUGUCGGUCGAUUUGUCAGCCAGUUAUUAUGGAGGCUGCACUCAAACUAUCUGGAGUUCAAUCAUACAUGAAUGAUAAUAAAGAUGCAGUUGGACUUUCUAAUCAUGUUGACAUAAUUAGUGAUUGCAAAGGAGUGGUCGUCUCAUGGAUUUCAAGGAAACUUCCUCAUGAAAAUGCAAACAAAGCAUUCAGAAUAUUGUCUGCCUGCAAGGUUAACAAAGCUUGUCCUUUAGAUAUGAAACAACCAACAGAGGUAAUUGCUGCAUGCCGCAAUGUUGCUGCACCAAGUCCAUCAUGUUGCAGCUCACUGAAUACUUACAUAGCUGGGAUACAGAAGCAAAUGUUGAUAACGAACAAGCAAGCAAUUAUAUGCGCAACCAUGUUCGGCGCCAUGCUACAGAAGGCUGGAGUGAUGACAAAUGUUUAUGAACUUUGUGACGUGGACUUAAAAGAUUUUAGUCUCCAAGCAUAUGGACAAGAAGGAUGUUUGCUCGGAAGCCUUCCUGCAGACAUGAUAUAUUAUAAUUCGUCAGGCUUCAGCUUCACUUGUGAUUUGCGGGACAAUAUUGCAGCACCAUGGCCAUCAUCAUCGUCCAUCACAUCAAUAUCCCUUUGCGCUCCUGAGAUGUCGUUGCCUGCACUACCUACAUCGCAGAAUUUAGGUAAUCCUGGUUGCCGUGGAGUCGGGACGGAUCUCUUUGUUUCCAUUCUUUCAAUUUUUGUGUUCGGUGCAAUAUUGUUUUGAGCACAUUUUUAGCUGAUCUGUGAGCCUCCUCUGUGUGAAGAGGGGUUUUAGAUUUGUGAUGGGAGCUGCUUACGUGUAUAUGUUGAGCUUGUUUCAUGUAUAGUAAUAGCUUUGUUUCUCUCUUUCUAUGGCAUCUUUUUUUGUUUUUUGUUUUUCAA